AUGGCCAAAGAUGACUCCACCAUUCAUUGUUUCCAGGGCCUGCUGAUUUUUGGAAAUGUGAUUGUUGGUAUGUGUGGCAUCGCCCUGACCGCAGAGUGCAUCUUCUUCGUAUCCGAUCAGCACAGCCUCUACCCACUGCUUGAAGCCACCAACAAUGAUGACAUCUACGGGGCAGCCUGGAUUGGCAUGUUUGUCGGCAUCUGUCUCUUCUGCCUGUCAAUUCUAGGCAUCGUAGGCAUCAUGAGAUCCAACAGGAAAAUUCUCCUGGCGUAUUUCAUUCUGAUGUUUAUAGUAUAUGGCUUUGAAGUGGCGUCUUGUAUCACGGCAGCAACACAGCGAGACUUUUUCACACCCAACCUCUUCCUGAAGCAGAUGCUGGAGAGGUACCAAAACAACAGCCCUCCAAACAAUGAUGACCAAUGGAAAAACAAUGGAGUCACCAAGACCUGGGACAGACUCAUGCUGCAGGACCAUUGCUGUGGUGUAAAUGGUCCAUCAGACUGGCAGAAAUAUACGUCUGCCUUCCGGGCUGAGAAUAAUGAUGCCGACUAUCCCUGGCCUCGCCAGUGCUGUGUGGUGAACAAUCUUAAAGAACCUCUCAACCUGGAGGCCUGCAAACUAGGAGUGCCUGGUUACUAUCACAAGCAGGGAUGCUAUGAGCUCAUCUCUGGACCGAUGAACCGACAUGCCUGGGGGGUGGCCUGGUUUGGAUUUGCCAUUCUCUGCUGGACUUUUUGGGUUCUCCUGGGUACCAUGUUCUACUGGAGCAGAAUUGAAUACUAA